GUCAAAGAAAAAAUAACGAAACGAAUAAAAGUCUGUGAUCAAAAUGGACGUUGCUAAUAUUAACAGUGCCACUAGAAAUAGUGGAUUUAAAAGCAGUUUUGUCAAAAUAGACAGUUUACCAAACUUCAGAUUACUUUGCCAAAGAGUAUCUAACAAAAAUGAACAAUCACGGGAGAUUCUAGGCUCGGGUGCAAUCUAUAGAUCAUCUAAACCCGACAAAAUCGUUGUGGAAGAUUUGGACAAAAUUCGACAACUUUCUAUCAAAUGUAUUGUUGACUUCAGGUCAACUGAAGAAUAUUUAUCUACAGACGGACAUUGUCUGUUGGACGCUGAGUAUACGCUCUACAAAGUUUGUUUACCAACUAAGAACUAUAAGCCUGGUGAGUCUAUGAGAUUUGAAGUGAUUUCGAAAGCAAGUAAUGGUAAGUCCAAGUCCAGCACUUGCCCUGCGACGAAAACAUUUUCAGAAGAAACAGUGGAAACACAGAAUCAGAAAUGGCAAUCGAAUAUGAGCGAACAAGUAGAUUUGGAUGACGCUUCGAUCAAUACUACCACUGUCACUGAUUUUACGGAGGACAAAUGUGUACAAAAGAGACACUAUCUUAUCAACUUUUAUACACAACUUUAUAUCAGAAAGCUUGUUUUCAGCCUUCCAUGGUAUUUGUGGCUGAUGGGUCUGUUCUGUUUAAUUUAUGAUAUAAUUUCCAGAAAUAAAUGGAAAACUUUCAGUAAACUUCUUGUUCAAAAGUCACUCAACAAAAAGGGUAUUUAUGGACAAUAUGUGGAUUUUAUAGAAUUGAGUCAGCCUUCAAUCUGUUCAGCUUUGCAUCUCCAGCAUUGUAAUGAAGAAUCCUGUUCUCAGUAUACUCCUAUAUAAGAAGUUUUAGAUUGAUCUGCUUCACACAUUAGGAUGGGGACUGUCAAUAAGCAGUGAAUUGUAUGGUGCAGAAAUUGUUUGUGGAAGAUUGUUUUAGACAUGAUCUUGUAUGUUCCACAUUGUUACCAGAAAUCUUGGAGCUUCUCUACUGUUUUGUCUCUGAUGACCAAUAAUUAUAUAUAUAUACUAGUAAUCCCUACAACAUCUGGUCUCGCAUCAUUCAGUUCUUCAAAGGCAGUAUUUACACCCCCAAGUGUAACAAAUGAAAAAGCUUGCCAAAUGUAUUGGAGCAUUAAGAAUUGUGAUGGUCAGUUUGAUUCUGCCCGCCAUAGUUUGAUCAAAGAGAGCUGCUACCAGAUAAUCUAGAUCAGGGGUUUUCAACCUGUGGGUCUCGACCCCUUUGGGAGUCGAUUGACGAUUUGCCAGGUGUCACCUAAGACCAUCAAAAAUAUGGAUUGCAUAUUGUCUACUCUUCUAUUGCUGUGUGUGAGUGGGGAGGGGGUCGCGGCCGAGUGGGGGAUUGUAAAAAGGGUCGCCGAGCAUAAAAGGUUGAAAACCGCUGAUCUAGAUUUUAAAUUUAGACUUCUGACUAGAUAAACUCUUUUUGUUUUCAUUUUUCCCCUUAAUUUUAAAUCAAUAAUUAAUUUUUUUUUUUUAAUUUGUUACCAGGGGAUUGCCAUUGUUGCAAUUAAAGUAUUUUCACUUCUUUCCUAUAAUUAUUUGUCUUUUUCUGUUGAUGACUUGAUAUUACCCUGGUACUUGGUUUCUUUAGAAGAAAAAAAUCAUCACAAACAGCACCAAAAUUGUUUAAGAUUUGUGUUCACAAAUCCAAAUGUUUAAAAAAAAACAACUGUUUUCGCAAAUCCAAGUGGAUGGCUGUGCAGUAUGUGCGCUGGACUGUUGUUUGGUUGUCUUGAUGGUCCCGGGCUCAUACCCUGCCCACUGCCAUCCCCUUCGUCCUGCAGGAAGUUUGGACUUGGAAGUAGAUUAUCUUAAACUCUGAAGGCAAUUUUACACAUUGUAGUUUCAAAAACAUUUUAAAAACAACAAACAAAUAGAUGUUGAUUUAGAGAUAAAUACUGUUUUAAUAAAGUGGACAUGUUGUACUGUAGUAAUUAUGAAUUUUAAAAACUCACAUUAAGUUGGAAACUAUAGUGAUUCAAUGUAAAUGUAAAAGAAGAUGUCAGUACCAGUACAUGGUUAUAUUUUUUUUUAUAAUGAUUCAUAUUUUCAUAUCUUUUAUUAG